AUGAAUUGUCAUCUACAGAUUUCUGGAAAGAGACCUCAUUACUGUGACUCAAUGAAUGCAUCUUAGUGUAUUUCUACACUUGAAAACGAAUUAUGGAACUCCUAUACUCUCUUUUUUACUCAUGCUUAAUAAACUUGCUACUACCUCAAGCAAGAAGUAUGGCAAGAUAACACUAAAAGUCUCAUUGAUAAUUUGAAUUAAGCAUCAAUCACGGCAGAUUUGCAUAUUCUCAAUGGCCAGGAAUCGAUGAGCUAGAACAUUGUAAGAACUUUUGCAUUAACUGAAGAGACUAAUAACCAAGUUGAAAAGCAGCUAGCAUUGCAAAAAAGUCUUUAAGAUGGAUUUGGAGUUUUAGAGACCUCAAUCUAUGAAAAUUAAUCUAAACUCAACUAAUUUUUUUAAAGUGUUGGAGAAAAGAUAGAGCUCAUUAUUCAAUUCUAAUCAAUGAUUGUCAAAUAUUUCAGAGACAUGGAUAGAUUUGUGUAUUACUCUGCCAAAGUUAUUAUCAUUUGGAUUCUAACUUAAUUUAAAAGAUUUUUAGAGGCGAAAUAAAGACUACUUUUCUUAUGUGCUUGCUAAUUGAUUAUUGAGAGAGUAUCAGAUGAGUAUAUUGAUGAGCAUCAUAGACUUUCGUACUAAAAGUAUUACAGAAUAGUGGGAGUUGUCGUAUUUUUUAUUCAAAUAAGGAAUAUCUCAAAACACCCAUCUGGUUUUUAAGAUACAAAUAGUAAAUACCUCUUGCUGUAAAAGAUCUAGAAACUGAAAGACCAAACGAGCAGAAAUAUAUAUAGAAAGGCUCCAUCAUACUUGAUGCCUGCUAAAUUCACCUUAAUAUUGAUUCAAGUACUUCUUUUAGCCUUGGUUAUUUAACAAAGCACUGAUCAUAUAUAUUGGGGUAUUGGAUUUAAUUACUCUGAUACCUCAGAUGAAUACAUGACAGCAGAGAAAAUUUUAGUUGGAGUAACAAUAGCUUAUUUAUUCUGUAUGGGCUUUGAAUUCCUGGUUAUGGUUCUUGGAAUCAGCUUACUAUUCAAUAAUAUAAACAUCGUUCAAAUAUUCCUGCACUUUUUGGGUUGCCUCUUCACUACUUGGUUCAUCCUAGACAAUUGGAGAUUUACUUAUAUUUGGCCACUUUGGGGAUUUUUUGGACUUUUCCCAUUUCUGCUUGAGUGCAUAAUCCUUUAAGGUGCUGUAAGAAUGAAUAAGGACAUCAACAAUAAUUCAAAAGGAAUCGUCAAAUAAUGA